UGUAAAAUAUGGUUAUGCCCGGUAGAAGAUGUAAUAACCGGUUUAGCGAUUCAAUGCCAUGGAUGGAAAUUAGCGUACCUGAACCCAAAAAAGAAAGCUUUUUGUCGGGGUAGCGCCGACAAAUUUGCAUCAAAUGCUUGUGCAGCAGAGUCAGAGGGAGACUUUCAGGUUCUGCUUUCAGAGUAUAGUCCGGUUUGGUAUGGCCACGGAAAGAUUGGUUUGGGACUGAUACUUGGUUACUGUUGCUUUUGCCUUUGGGCACCAAGUUCAGUACCUGUGCUUGUUUACUCUGUUUUGACCUCUCUCUGUCUACUCAAAGGCAUUCCUCUGUUUCCAAAGGUCUCAAGCUCGUGGUUUUUCCCAUUUGGAUACGUGACUGUCGCAGUUAAUUCCUAUAGCCUAGCCGAGUUCUUGUGGUGCGGAGGAACGUUCCGUGGAUGGUGGAACGAGCAAAGGAUGUGGCUUUAUAGAAGAACAAGCUCGUUUGUAUUCGGAUUCACGGACACGAUUCUGAAGAAACUUGGGGCUUCGGAGUCUGCAUUUGUAAUCACGGCGAAAGUAGCAGAGGAAGAAGCAGCAGAGAGAUACGAGAAAGAGGUAAUGGAGUUUGGAGUGGAGUCUCCGAUGUUUCUCCUCCUCGGAACACUCGGGAUGCUCAAUCUCUUCUGCUUCGCUGCAGCGGCUAUGAGACUGAUCACUUCAAGAGACGGUGAACAUUUUCAGACAAUGGGCAUGCAGAUUGUGAUAACAGGAGUACUUGUGGUACUAAACUGGCCUCUGUAUCAAGGCAUGUUGUUGAGGAACGACAAAGGGAAAAUGCCAGUGACCGUGACAGUUAAAUCAGUUGUCUUAGCUUUAUCCGCCUGCACUUGUAUCGCGUUUAUGUAAUGGAAAGAGAGAGCCGGUGUAUUCAAACUCAAAAGAAAGGCCAGCAAUUAUU